GUAUCAUCCCUUCCAUCCUUCCCCUAAAUAACUUCCUAGCACCUUGCUAGGAAGUUAAUAUUAUUAAUAUAAUAGUACGAUUGUAUUAUGUAAGGAAGAAGCAGUAAUUUAUACUACUCAUUUAUCUCUCUUCACUUAACUUGUCUAGUAGCCGUAGCAACCAGAAUCCAGAAACAAGCAUGGAGAGCUUCAUGCCAUAUCUUCUCUCUCUUCUACUUCUUCGCCUCUCUCUCUAUCUCAUCUCGUUUGUCCGAAAGAAGGGGAAAAACCUGCCUCCCGGCUGCAACAGUUGGGUGAGAGAAAAUCUGAGUCUCAACCUAAUAGGCAGCCGAUUUUUUUUCCAACACAGGAUGCAAAAAUAUUCUCCUGCUCAGGUAUUCAAAACCUCCAUCUUCGGAGUGGAGGCGGCGGUAUUCUGCGGCGCCCAGGGCAACAAAUUCCUCUUCACCAACGAGACCAAGCUGGUAUCCGCGUGGCGUACUCCGUCAUUGCGGAAGGCGCUGCUGCCGGCGUUCGUCGCGAACAACAAGAAGAACCCGGUAGCCAUAUUCCGCAGCUACGACCUGGCCAAGCCGGACGCCUUGAGGCAAUACAUUCCGGUGAUGGACGCGGUUGUGCGUCGGCUACUGCCGGAGAGGCCUAACUCAGUGGUGAAGAUGCUUCCCUUGUCCAACAAGUACUCAUUUGAGCUAGCGUUUAAGCUAUUUACGGAUGCGGCGGUGCCGGAGGUCCUAGAAAAGUUGAUAGAGCCCUUUGGUCUGUUGGUCGACGGGAUGCUAGCCCUGCCUAUAAACUUGCCGGGGACGACCUUCAGCCGUGCUGUUAAAGCGGGCCAAGUGGCGCGCGCUGAGGUGAUGAGGAUGGUGAAGGAGAGGAGAAAGGAGAUGAGGGAGACGGGCGAAGGCGAAGGCGAGGGGCGAGACAUGCUUUCCAAGAUGCUGCUUUUGAGUGAUGAAGAUGAGGAAUACGAUACAAUGGUUGCUAACUUCGUUGUUGGUCUUGUUGUGGUUAGCUACGAUUCAACGGCAUCUGCAAUCACUGCUGUCGUCCAUUUUCUUGCUGAGCUUCCACACAUUUACCAACAGGUUCUCAGAGAGCAAAUGGAGAUUGCGAAAUCCAAAGGCCCCGAUGAGCCACUGACGUGGGAGGAUAUGGAGAAGAUGAAGUACUCAUGGAACGUUGCGCGUGAAUCACUGAGGCUAUUACCGCCUGCCGUAGGAGGAUUCAAGGAAGCCACAACUGACUUCACAUAUGCUGGUUACACCAUUCCCAAAGGAUAUAAGACGUAUUGGACACCUCAUUCAUCCCACAUGAAUCCUGAGUACUUCCCGGAGCCGGAGAAGUUUGAGCCGUCGCGAUUUGAGGGUAGUGGACCGCCACCUUACACGUUCGUUCCCUUCGGAGGAGGACCAAGAAUGUGCGCUGGAAAAGACUAUGCUAGGGUUGCAAUCUUGGUGUUCAUGCAUAAUCUGGUGACCAGAUUCAGACUUGAAAAGGUCAUCCCCGAUGAGAAGAUGGUGUUCCAUGCUACUAGGGCAGUGCCGGCCCAUGGUCUUCCGAUUCACCUACACCCUCAUUCAAAUUAAAUCACCUACUCACUUUUCUGUUACCACUUGUGUCCAAUUGUUCAACACUUGUCGUCUCAAUAAGUUAACAGAUUUUCCAUGUUCAACUAUAAACUUGAUCCAUGAAUUUUAGUUUUAUUUAUUA